AUGAUCACAAUCCCAGAAUCUACUAAAACCGUCGAUGUCUCUAUCAUGGACACCGGUUCUAAGAUUGGAAACAUUCCAGCCGCCGUGUUCACAUAUCCGCAGAUACCUGGUUUCGAAAAAUUCGAAGAUAUCAGCUAUGUGUUUGUGCUCACUCACACUGACAGUGGGGGCAAGGUCAGGCGCGUCCUUUUCGAUCUUGGGGCUCGCAAAGAUUGGGAGAACAUGGCACCUCAUGUUGUGCAGGCAACGAAGGCAAUCGAAGGCGCUAUACUUGAGCCUAUGUACAAUGUGGCAGAUCUAUUGGAACGUGGAGGGGUCGAUAAGGCUAGCAUUGAAGCACUGAUCUGGAGGUAUAUCAGUUCAAACCUGCCUGGAACCGCUGAACUGACGUCUGGAAUAGUCAUGCGCACGUCGACCAUGUUGGGGACCCAUCAAUCUUUCCCUCUAGCGCAACGCUUAUCGUCAGUCCUGGCGUGA